UUGCUGACUGCAGCGCCGACGUGCCCACAAUCUGCAUAAAUUUAUGGUAGUAGAUAUGUAGUUCAUAUUUGGGGUGGCGACGAUGCAGUCACGUGAGUUGACUAAAGACGUUCCUGACAUAGAGGGUCUUCUGAAGUUAAAUCCCAGGAUCAAGCCAUUUGCCAGUGUUACACCUUCUAAACAAACAAAAGAGAACAAGCUUAAAUGGAAGAGGAAUGCAGAUAGAAAGUGUGAUAGUUGUGGAAGCUUAGCGAAGAAUUUUGAUGAUGUCAAACACACCACCUUAAGUGAAAGAGCGGCUCUGAGGGAAGCCGCUCGUUGUCUGAAAUGUGCAGAUGCUCCAUGUCAAAAAUCAUGUCCAACUCAAUUGGAUAUUAAAAGUUUCAUUACCAGUAUUUCUAACAAAAAUUAUUAUGGUGCUGCUAAAGCAAUUUUUUCAGAUAACCCCUUGGGCCUGACAUGUGGAAUGGUGUGUCCGACUAGUGACUUAUGUGUAGGAGGCUGCAACUUGCAAGCUGUAGAAGAAGGUCCUAUAAACAUAGGAGGACUUCAGCAGUUUGCCACAGAAGUGUUCAGAGCCAUGAAUAUUCCACAAAUAAGACCACCUAAUCAACACAAUGAUAACAGUGAUGCAAAAGUAGCAUUGCUUGGAUGUGGCCCUGCUUCUCUCUCCUGUGCAACAUUUCUUGCGAGACUGGGAUACACAGACAUUACAAUUUUUGAGAAGGAGAAUUAUGUGGGAGGUCUCAGUUCUUCAGAGAUCCCACAGUAUCGUUUACCAUAUCAUGUAGUUAAAUUUGAAAUAGACAUGGUGAAAGAUUUGGGCGUGCGUGUGGAAACGGGUCGAGUUCUUUCAACACGUGAUCUCUCAGUUGAGGGUUUACUGAAGGAAGAAUAUAAAGCAAUAUUUUUGGGGAUUGGGCUUCCUGAACCAAAAAUAAUCCCAGCAUUUGAAGGUUUGACUGAAGAUAUGGGUUUCUAUUCUUCAAAGUCAUUCCUGCCAUCUGUUGCUAAAGGAAGCAAAGCUGGUAUGUGCAUUUAAAUAAUGAAUCUAUUUUUGGUGGUCAGAUGCAGUUUAACAAUGCUUGGAGCAGGGGACACUGCAUUUGAUUGCGCCACUUCAGCUCUGCGGUGUGGGGCAAAGAAAGUUUUUGUUGUGUUUCGUAAAGGCUUCAGGAAUAUACGAGCAGUACCGGAGGAAGUUGAAUUAGCCUUUGAAGAAAAAUGUGAAUUCAUCCCAUUCCAGUCACCAAAGAAAGUAAUCCUUGAACAAAAUAAAAUUGUGGCAAUAGAAUUUUACAGAAUGGAACAAGAUGAAAAUGACAAAUGGGUUGAAGAUACUGAACAAAUUACAAGACUGAGAGCUAACUUUAUUAUAUCUGCUUUUGGUUCUGGAUUGUAUGACUUGGAGGUAAAGAAUGCAAUGGCACCAUUGAAUUUUAGUGAAAGUGGACUUCCAGAGGUUAAUCCUGAAACAAUGCAGAGUAGUUUGCCCAAUGUUUUCUGUGGUGGAGAUUUGGCAGGGAUUUCAGAAACAACAGUAGAAUCUGUUAAUGAUGGAAAAACUGCAUCCUGGUUCAUGCACAGGUAUCUCCAGAGUCUGGUUGGAGUGAAGGUCUCAGAAGAGCCCCAACUUCCAAUUUUCUACACUCCUAUUGAUGAUGUAGAUAUCAGUGUUGAAAUGUGUGGAAUGAAGUUCAUCAACCCAUUUGGAUUGGCAUCUGCUCCCCCAGCCACUUCCAGUGCUAUGAUUCGAAGAGCUUUUGAAGCAGGUUGGGCAUUUGCUGUAACGAAAACUUUUUCUUUAGAUAAGGAUCUUGUGACUAAUGUUUCACCAAGAAUUGUGAAAGGAACAACAUCUGGUCAUCACUAUGGUCCACAGCAGGGUUCAUUUUUGAAUAUUGAGCUUAUCUCAGAAAAGUGUUCUGAAUAUUGGUGUCAUAGUGUAAGAGAACUGAAGAAUGAUUUUCCUGACAAGAUUGUGAUUGCAAGUAUAAUGUGCUCUUACAAUGCUGCAGACUGGACAGAACUUAGCCAGAAAGCUGAAGCUUGUGGGUCAGAUGCUCUUGAACUCAACUUGUCAUGCCCACAUGGGAUGGGUGAAUCAGGCAUGGGGCUAGCAUGUGGUCAGGAUCCAGAACUUGUUCGCAACAUAUGCCAUUGGGUGAGAGCAGCCAUAAAAAUUCCAUUCUUUGUAAAAAUCACACCAAACAUCACAGACAUUUUAUCCAUAGCAAGAGCGGCUUAUGAAGGUGGAGCUAACGGUGUUUCUGCUAUUAACACUAUAUCAGGAUUAAUGGGAUUGAAAGCAGAUGGAACUCCAUGGCCUUCAGUUGGAUCCAAUAGGCUCACCACAUAUGGUGGUGUGUCAGGCAAUGCAACAAGGCCAGUUGGGUUACGUGCUGUUUCAGCAAUUGCUAAAGAGCUCAAAGGAUUUGCUAUCAUGGGAAUCGGGGGCAUCGACUCUGCUGAAGUCAGUUUGCAGUUCUUGCAUUGUGGUGCAUCAGUGUUGCAGAUUGGAAGUGCCAUACAGAACCAGGAUUUCACUCUCAUUGAUGAUUACAUUACUGGGCUUAAAGCAUUGCUUUAUCUUGAGAGUUUGGAUCAUCAUACAGGAUGGGAUGGGCAGUCACCACCGAAGGUUAAACAUCAACGAGGAAAAAUGAUCAUUGCCCUACAGGAGUUAAGAAAUGAGAAAUGGCCAUAUUUUGGGCCCUACCAAAGGCAGAGAGAAGAGACAAUUUCAGAAUUGAAAAAGCAAACAGAUUUACUGGCUGAAAAUCUGAAACCUCCACUGAGAAGUUAUCAUAAACCCACAACAAAGGUUCCUGCAGUAAAAGAUAUCAUAGGUCGAGCACUACCAAAGAUUGGACCAUUUAUGAGACUUGAUAAUGGACAACAAGUUGUGGCAGUAAUAGAUGAUGACUUGUGUAUUAACUGUGGGAAAUGCUACAUGGCAUGCAAUGAUUCUGGAUACCAAGCUAUCACCUUUGACCCAGAAACACACAUUCCAACAGUGACAGACGACUGCACAGGCUGUACUCUCUGCCUAUCUGUGUGUCCUAUAAUCGACUGUAUCAGUAUGGUUCCUCGUAUAAUUCCACAUGAAGUCAACCGUGGGGUACCAAUAUAUGGACAUGCGUAGACAGUUGUUUAAAGCUCGUAUUAUAUUUUGACGUUAAAACAAAAAGUUGAAUGCUGAUUCUGUGAUUCAUCUUAUUAUGAAGGUCUUGCUUUUAUGAAAUUAUUUAAGUUCCACUCGUCAAUGGGUAAGUUAACUAGAGCAUGUAUCAAUCACAUUGUGCUGCAAUGAGGAGCUAACGGACACACACACACACAGACAUAUAUAUAUUUUUAUAUAGCUUAAUUGGUCAUAAAACAUGUUACAAACAUAUCUUCAUAAUAUGAAUUGUUCUGAUGGGUAUGUAUUGAGAAAAUUUACUUAACAACAAUAAUUUAGUGUGAAAUUAAUAUUUGUGUUAUAUUUGCUAUAUGUAAAUGUGAAGUCUCUUUAUUAUACACCAUUUAAUCAUUCUCUAGUGUUUUCUGCCACAUAACUAUAAAUUUAAGUAGUAUAACAUCUUACACAAUACGUAGGUCAAACUUCAAAUACUUCAAUUACUUUUAAACAUAAGUGGGAUCAUGACCAGAAUUGAAAACAUGUAAAUUUUUUAAGGAUUUCAAUACCACAACCAAUCACAGUAAACUGUUUACCUCAUUUUGACACUUUUACAAACAAGCCGGGGCACAGAAUGGUUUAUCUUGACAUUUUUGUGUUAGAUAUAAAUUCAUAAUUUGUAUAUUAUAACUACAACAUAACAUUCUGAAUAAAGUGUUUAUUAAAUGGCAAACUGA